CUUGAGACAUUUUUAGUGGUUUUAAAGUUAGUUUAUAUUAACAAUAAUUCAAAAUUAGAAAUAAAGAUGAAAGUGAUAUUUGGUUAUACGACUCAUUUUUCUAUUUUAAUGUGUAUCGUUUUUCAUACACUACUCAAUGAUUUGAUUGCUAGUGACAUAACAUGUGACACACACUGUAAAUGUUUAAAGCAGAAAGCCAUGUGUACUGGAGUUUCCUUAAACUAUGUUCCAAGAUUUCCAGCAGGCAUUGCAGUUGUGAACUUGACACACACAAAUUUAUCUUAUAUCGGAGAACAUACAUUUUAUAAUCUGUCUUUUAGUAAGUUUAUUGGUAAACUGGUUCUACAGGAAAACUUUAUUGAAUUCAUUCAUCCUAAAGCUUUUUUGAAUAUUUCAGCUCUCAAAACAUUGAUUAUUGCAAACCAACCACAAUUGAAUAUAACACUGUUGACAAAAGCAUUUGUCUUCCUCAAUAAAAGGAAUUUAAAAAUGCUUUAUCUUCUUGACAAUCAAUGGACAGAAAUUCCAGUAGAUUCUUUUAUUGCAUUCAAAAAUAGUAAAUUAUGGAAGCUUGUUUUAACAGGAAAUAAGUUUAAAAUAUUUAAUUGUUCAAUGUUUGAGGAAAUAAUUUCUUUGAGACACUUAAUGUUAUCCAAUAAUUCUAUCACAGAUAUUUAUAUGAAGGGGUUGCAAAAUGUAUCUAGAAUAGAUUUAAGGAGUAACAUGUUAACCAAAGUUCCAAAAUGGUGUUCUAAAGCAGGUUUGUGUUUUGUUCCGAACUUACAAAACAUCACACUUGGAAACAACAACAUUGGUGCGUUCGGAAAAAAUGCUUUUAGGUGUUUACCGAAAUGUCAGUUUCUAAAUUUAGAAGGCAUUCAUACGGGGCGUUUGAAAGAUAAUGUCUUUUCGCCUAUGCCUGUUCUCAAAACUCUGUUGUUACCAAGAAUAGGAAAUCCUUUAAAGAAGAUUGGUCAGUUUGCUUUCAAUAGUUCGUCACUUACUACGCUUCAGAUGAAUUUGAACUCCAUUCAUUUUGACAGAGCAUCUACCAAAAUAUUUGCAUACUGCCCAGACCUAGAGAAUCUGGAUCUGAGUCAUAAUUUCAUGCCAAAAAACAUGUCAAUGUUCAAAGAAAUAAUACAACCCUUAUCGAAACUUCGGAAACUUACACUUAUUCAAAGCGCAAUAACCGAUAUUCCAGACAUGUUAUUUACACCAUUCAAGAAUAUAAGGUCAAUAAACCUUAUGGGGAACAGAAUUUAUCGCUGGAAUAAUUUAUUCAUGAAUAUUACUUCUUUAACUAUGCUAGAUUUGAGCGUAAAUUCGAUUUCAGUUAUCAACCAAACUUCUUUUCCACCUGAAGUUUUAUUUUCGUUAAAGAAAUUGGAUUUAGCUUUUAACCCUUUCUCAUGUACAUGCGAACAGCGUUGGUUCCUUAAUUAUACGAAACAUUUCAUGAAAAAGGUUGUUGAUUUCAAACGUUAUAAAUGCAAACAUCCACCUAAUAUGGAUGGGAAACUGUUGUCAAAUUAUCAUCCAACAGAAGAAAACUGUAACCCAUGGAAACCAAUAAAUACAAUUAUAAUUGGUCUCGCCGGAAGUGGAACGAUUAUAGUGUUAAUAAUUGUGUUAAUUGUGCGAUGUCAAUCACAUAUUAAGAACUAUGUUUACCUUGUACGAGUGUCCUACAACAAAAGACGAGGAUAUUUGUCUAUGGACAACGACGAAGAUUUUGAAUAUAAUGCAUUUGUUGUAUACUGUGAAGCAGACAGCGAUUGGGUUCAUACAAAAUUCAUACAAAGAAUUGAAAAGGAGGAGGGAUUAAAAUUAUGUAUUCAUCAUCGUGAUUUUGAAAUCGGACAAUCAGUUAUCGGCAAUAUUAACAAGUUUGUGGAGAAAUCCCGUAAAGUUGUGGUUAUAAUGUCAAAUGAUUUUGCCAAAAGUGAAUGGUGUCAGUGGGAGGUUGAUGUUGUACAAGAAAAACGUAGACGACUGGGGAGAGAUGUGUUUCUUCUCGUCAUGUUGAAGAGUAUUGACUCCGGUCAUAUGACAAGUCAUCUCCGAGCUCUACUGGCCAGUGGUCAUCAUAUAAAGUAUUCAAGUGGUGUAGGAGAGGAUUUGUUUUGGAGAGCUGUUGUAGAAGGUCUUAAAAAACCUCUAGGAUAUCCACCGGUUGCGCUUUUGUAAAAUUAAGUAUACAUGUCAAUUCUUUAUUAAACUGUUUUUUUUGGUAAUGUUAAGAAACAUUAAGACACUUUAACAAAUUCAAGAGUGUAGAGAAUUUAGCAAUCGUAUCUCCGUCAAUAUCGGAAAGACUACAAAUUAAAAAAAACAACAUAACAAUCCAAUCAGAAACUAAGAAAAACGCAGCAAUACAUUUAACCAACAGUGCAUUUAACGCUGGUCUUAUGCAAAUUUUACUGUGAGUAUAAAGGUUCUAUAAAUCAUGUAGUUUGGCUAUUUGUCUCCAAAUUAAGUUGUCUGUGAUCACUC